UCUCUCUCCUAUCACACACUCUCGGGAGCAGCGCUUUGACGCACCACGCAGAGUUGGAUUAUAGUAUUGCGCGCUGGUCUUUCACAGGGCUUUUCCCUCCUUCACAUUUCUUACACCCUUGCCACUGACCGGCUAUUGAUAUCUGAUCGGAAUCAAUAUCUCUCCACCACGGUGACCUGUGCUGAGCUUUUUGGGGAAACCGAGCGCUGCCGCUGCCUCCUCUCCGGACGCGUGUUGUGAAUUAAUAACCAAGACAGCCUCACCUGGAGUGUGUGCGUGUGUGUGUGUGAGAGAGAGUGUGUGUGUGUAUAUGCACUAAAGUGUGUGUGAGAGUGUGUUUCUCUGGAUCAGAUCAAGGAGCGAGGUGUUUCACUGGCUUGGUUCCGCACAUAUUCCAUACACAGACACACCACACACACACCGGGGGGAUUUGGGCACCGCAUGCCGGGGACAUGUGGAAGUUUGCGCCGCUGUAGCGCAGCCAGAGAGCCGGUCCACCGCCUCGUCGACCUCCCCUCUCCCUGCCCAGGGGGACCAAAUUCCCGGUUCACAGCCUUCACACAUCGAAACCCCUCCAAGAAUACCUAAAUGUAAAAUUCAGAACGAGAAAUUUCAGAAACACACGUCUGAAAGGGGGAGGACAACGAAAAAGGAGGACGGCAUCCCGUUGCGUGCAGAGUUUGGUGAGCUGUUUCGGGGAUUUCGGGGCUUUUAUUUUUUAACGCCCUUGUAUUUUCUCAGUAUUUUGUGGGUCUCAUAUUGGCCCCCCAGUUGCCGCAGUGAUGGUGGGAGCUCUGAGCCCCGUUGGCCCUGGCCGCUCCCCGGCGACUGCGCUGGGGCUGCUGGUGGCUGUUCUGGUAUCGGUCCUGUCCGGCGGAGCGGACGGCCAGCCCUGCCCGGCCCAGUGCUCCUGUACCGGGACUACAGUGGACUGUCACGGCCAAGGGCUCCGCAGCGUGCCCAGGAACAUACCCCGCAACACGGAGAGACUGGACCUGAAUGCAAACAACCUCACCAAAAUCAGCAAGGCGGAUUUUGCAGGACUGAGGCAUCUGCGAGUGUUGCAGUUAAUGGAGAACAAAAUCACAACGAUCGAGAGAGGAGCCUUCCAGGACCUGAAAGAGCUGGAGAGACUGCGCCUGAAUCGGAAUAAUCUGGCUGUGUUCCCCGAGCUGCUUUUCCUGGGAACGACAAAGCUGUACAGACUUGAUCUCAGCGAGAACCAGAUUCAGGGGGUUCCAAGGAAAGCCUUCAGGGGAGCUGUGGAGAUCAAGAACCUCCAGUUGGACUACAACCACAUCAGCUGUAUCGAAGAUGGAGCUUUCCGAGCGUUACGUGACCUGGAAGUGCUCACCCUCAACAACAACAACAUCAGCCGACUGUCUGUGGCCAGUUUCAACCACAUGCCAAAGCUCAGGACCUUUCGCCUGCACUCCAACAACCUGCAGUGUGACUGCCACGUGGCCUGGCUGUCAGAGUGGCUGCGACAGCGCCCCCGUCUGGGUCUUUACACGCAAUGCAUGGCCCCGCCGCACUUGAGGGGGCACAACGUGGCUGAGGUGCAGAAGAAGGAGUUUGCCUGCACAGGUCACCAGUCGUCAUCAUCUUCCUCCUGCAGUGUGUUACAGUGCCCAGAGUCCUGCACCUGCAGUAACAACAUCGUGGACUGCAGAGGGAAGGGACUGACAGAAAUACCCACCAACCUGCCUGAAACCAUCACUGAGAUACGACUGGAGCAGAACGCCAUCAAGGUGAUUCCAGCUGGAGCCUUUUCUCCUUAUAAGAAGUUGCGCAGGAUAGACUUGAGUAACAACCAGAUAUCAGAGUUAGCCUCGGACGCCUUCCAAGGUCUGCGCUCCCUCAACUCUCUGGUACUAUAUGGAAACAAGAUCACUGAGAUUUCCAAAGCACUGUUUGAGGGACUGUUUUCUCUGCAGCUAUUGUUACUGAAUGCUAAUAAGAUAGCAUGUCUACGUGUGGAUGCAUUUCAGGACCUCCACAACCUCAAUCUGCUCUCACUAUAUGACAACAAGCUCCAGACCAUUGCCAAGGGGACCUUCUCGUCGCUACGAGCCAUACAAACACUUCACUUAGCCCAAAACCCGUUUAUCUGUGACUGCCAUCUGAAGUGGCUGGCAGACUACCUGCAGGACAAUCCCAUUGAGACAAGCGGUGCCCGCUGCACCAGCCCCCGGCGCCUCGCCAACAAACGGAUCGGACAAAUCAAGAGCAAGAAGUUCCGCUGCUCAGGUACCGAGGACUACCGCAGCAAACUAGGAGGGGACUGCUUCGCCGACUUGGCUUGCCCGGACAAGUGCCGUUGUGAGGGCACCACAGUCGACUGCUCCAACCAGAAACUUACCAAAAUACCAGAUCACAUUCCCCAGUACACUGCUGAACUGCGUCUGAACAACAAUGAAUUCACUGUGCUCGAGGCGACAGGGAUCUUCAAAAAGUUGCCUCAGCUGAGAAAGAUUAACCUGAGCAAUAACCGUAUCACUGACAUAGAGGAGGGGACAUUUGAAGGAGCCUCAGGGGUCAAUGAGUUGAUUCUGACCUCCAACAGACUGGAGAACAUACACCACCGCAUGCUGAAGGGACUCAGCGGCCUCCGCACACUUAUGCUGAGGAGUAACCGCAUCAGCUGUGUGAGUAACAGCAGCUUUGUGGGGUUGAGCUCAGUGCGUCUUCUGUCACUCUACGACAACCAGAUCACCUCCAUGAACCCCGGAGCCUUUGACACACUACACUCCCUGUCCACGCUCAACCUUCUGGCCAAUCCCUUCAACUGUAACUGUCACCUGGCUUGGCUGGGUGAUUGGCUGAGAAGGAAACGCAUUGUCACCGGUAACCCUCGCUGCCAGAGUCCUUAUUUCUUGAAGGAGAUCCCCAUCCAGGAUGUAGCUGUCCAGGACUUUGCCUGUGAAGAUGGUAAUGAUGAGAACAGCUGCUCUCCACUGCUGAGGUGUCCAGCAGAGUGUUCCUGUCUGGACACUGUGGUGCGCUGCAGCAACAAGGGUCUCACCACGCUGCCCAAAGGCCUGCCCAAAGAGACCACUGAACUGUAUCUGGAUGGUAACCACUUCACUCAGGUUCCUGUGGAGCUCUCCAAUUACAAACACUUAACACUGAUAAUCCUGAGCUACAACCGCCUGCGGUGCAUACCAGUGAGGGCGUUCGAUGGACUCAAGUCUCUCCGUUUGUUGUCUCUCCAUGGUAACGACAUAUCACUGAUACCAGAGGGAGCCUUCAAAGACCUGUCAUCGCUCUCCCACCUGGCCCUGGGUGCCAACCCUCUGUACUGUGACUGCCACAUGCAGUGGCUGUCAGACUGGGUGAAGAGUGGCUACAAGGAGCCUGGCAUCGCCCGCUGCGCCGGGCCUGGGGACAUGACUGACAAACUGCUGCUUACCACGCCUUCCAAGAAGUUCACCUGCACAGGUCCAGUAGAUAUGAGUAUCCAGGCUAAAUGUGAACCCUGUCUGUCCAACCCCUGCAAAAACGAUGGCACCUGCUCUAAUGACCCGGUGCACUACUACCGCUGCACCUGUCCCUACGGAUUUAAGGGACAGAACUGUGAGGAGCCCAUUCAUGCCUGUAUUAGUAACCCGUGCCAGAAUGGCGGCACCUGCCACCUGAAGGAAGGAGAGGGAAGCAACUUUUGGUGUGUGUGUCCAGAGGGCUUUGAAGGGGAUGGAUGUGAGAUCAACAUCGAUGACUGUGAAGACAACGACUGUGAGAACAACUCCACCUGUGUCGAUGGAAUCAACAACUACACAUGCAUGUGCUCACCAGAAUACACAGGGGAGCUAUGUGAAGAGAAACUGGAUUUCUGUGCUCCGGAGCUGAACCCAUGUCAGCACGACUCAAAGUGCAUUUUGACCCUUCAGGGAUACAAGUGUGAGUGCACUCCAGGCUAUGUAGGUGAGCACUGUGAGCUGGACUAUAACGACUGUGAAGACAACAAGUGUCAGAAUGGAGGUCAAUGCAUUGACGCAAUCAAUGGAUACACCUGCGUCUGUCCAGAGGGAUACAGCGGGCUAUUCUGUGAGUUCUCUCCCCCAAUGGUACUUCCUCACACCAGCCCCUGUGACAACCACGAGUGCCUCAACGGCGCGCAGUGUGUCAUCAUGGGAACUGACCCCCGCUGCCAGUGUCUCCAAGGCUACGAAGGCGAGCGCUGUGAGAUGCUUGUCAGUGUCAACUUUGUCAACCGCGAGUCCUACCUGCAAUUUCCCUCCAGUCUCCUCUCACCGGAGACCAACAUCAGCCUACAGAUUGCUACAGAUGAGGACAGUGGCGUGUUGUUGUAUAAAGGGGACAAUGACCACAUUGCCAUGGAGCUGUACAGGGGACGCCUCAGGGUCAGCUAUGAUACCGGAUCUUACCCUCCCUCUGCUAUAUACAGUGUGGAGACAGUGAAUGAUGGCAGCUUCCACGCUGUGGAGUUGGUAGCAUCAGACCAGACUUUGUCUCUGUCCAUUGACGGCGGGCCACCCAAAUCCAUCAACUCCAUCAGCAAACAGUCUACACUCAACAUAGAUUCUCCGCUUUACCUGGGAGGUAUGCCAGAACGUGCCUCAGUCUCCGGGGGCCUCUCAUCCCUGCAGCAUAGCUCAGGUGGACGAAACGGCACCAGCUUCCAUGGUUGUCUCCGUAAUCUGUACAUCAACGGGAAGCUCCAGGACCUUGGUGCCGGGCUGGGGACGGGGGCUCCGGGCUCUGGGACAGCACAGAGCACCACCAGACAGUGGCUGGGCCACGGGGUGGAGCCAGGCUGCCAGCCCUGCCAGAGAGGCGCCUGUGUCCAGGGUGACUGCCACCCAACAGGGCAUCGUGGCUUUACCUGCACCUGCCACCCGGGCUGGACGGGAACAGUGUGUGACCAGCAAGUCAACAAUCCCUGUGAUGGCAACAAGUGUAUCCAUGGUACCUGCCUUCCAAUCAACUCCUACUCGUACUCCUGUCGCUGUCAGCCUGGUUUUGCUGGUGUACUCUGUGAUGAGCAGGACCAGGAUGCUGCCAACCCCUGCGGUGUGUCUCGCUGUAAACAUGGCAAAUGUAGAGUGUCGGGCCUGGGCAAGGCAUACUGCGAGUGUAACAGUGGAUAUACAGGAGAUGCAUGUGACAGAGAGGUGGCCUGCCGAGGGGAACGGGUCCGAGAUGUCUACCAGAGACAGCAAGGCUACGCGGCGUGCCAAACCCAGGAGAAGGUCUCCCGCCUAGAGUGUCGAGGCAGCUGCCCGGGGGGAGCAGAAGGACAGGGGACCUGCUGCACCCCCCUCCGCAGCAAACGCAGGAAAUACACCUUCCAGUGCACUGACGGCUCUUCUUUUGUUCAGGAAGUGGAGAAAGUGGUCAAGUGUGGCUGUACAAAGUGUUCCUCAUAAAAAAGAGAGAAAAAAAACAAAACAAAAAAAGAGACAACACCCUUGGCAGAUUUCCUCCCCUUCAGAUAUGUUUUAUGUUCUUGCCCGCCUUACUUGAUCCCCGUCCUCCUUGUCCAAGGUUCCAAUUCCUUCUGAAAAAAAACCCCUUCACCCUCCACAGACCCGUCCGCCCACCAUCCCUGUUUUUUUUUUUAAAAACCCUUUAAAAAGGAAAAAAAAAAAAAAAAACCCACAAGAGAAACAACUAAAAAAGAGUUUCUUUUCUUUGUCAGUGCUGGACUGAUGAUUGAUGCUUCCUCGGUGGGGAUGUUGAAUUGUAUUGUAAAGUACAAAAACAGACUUAUUUUUUAUUAUGAAGUGGAGAAAAAGACAAAAAAAACACAAGAGUUGACUUUUUCCUUACUUCUUUAUGUUGGUCAUGAUGACUCCAAUGGUGUGCCACACUGUCUCUUCCCUGGAGGACUGGCCGGUCACUGACGGCUGACCGCUUCCUGUAGACUUCCUGCUUCCUGUCUGUGAGUUGUGUGUUUUAGGAGUAACCUUAACUGGUAGUAUCACAGACUCACCACUAGGAGGAGCUGCAUUAAGGCACGGGAGACGGCGGGCAGUGAUAACCCCCCUACGACACAAGAAACCACCACUGUAGUCUGCAGACUCCCUCAACAGACCUCCUGUACCCUCUGAGACUGUGUGCACGAUCCUACACACAGCUGUGUUUAAAAUUGUGGUAUUUUCUACAGCUACUGAACAACACACACACACACACACAAACACAAACACACAUCCAAAUGCUCUCACCUGUAAAAGAGUUAUACAUAAUACCUGCCAGGUUAAAUACAGUACUCUCUGUUUAUCUACCCCCCAGUCAUGAAUGACAAGUAUUUAUUGUAUCAUAAAUACCUGUACUUAUUCAGUAGAUCCCCUAUGUAUCAAUCUGAUUCUUUUAAUAUAUAUUAAUUUAUAUUUGUCCUUAUUUUUGUAUUAAAAAGACAUAAUCUGUCAAGAUAGCUGAACUAACAAAAUGGUGUCCUUUAUUUUGGUUGAAGAGAAGUUGUUUUUUUUUUUUUUUUGAU